AUGAAAGAGCGGCCGCUGUCCGAGACGCAAUACUACCUGCGCUCCGCCGUCGCGGGCGGGUUCGCAGGCGGGCUGGCCAAGACCGCGGUCGCGCCGCUCGAGCGCGUCAAGAUCCUGCUGCAGACGCACGACAAGGACUUUCGGCGGUUUUCGGGCACGUGGCGCGGGCCGGUGUAUGCGCUGCAGCACAUCGCGACGAGCCAGGGUGUCCGGGGGCUCUUCCAGGGCCACACGCUGACGCUCGCGCGCGCGGUGCCCCAUGCGGCGAUCGGGUACACGGUGUACGACCGCGUGAAGCUGUGGCUGAUGCCUACGCCCGCGCAGAACACGUCGCUCCGGCGGGUGCUCGCGGGGGCCAUCACGGGCAUCUCGGCGAUGCCGUUUACGUACCCGUUCGAGCUCGUGCGGGUGCGCAUGGCGGUCGAGGGCCACGUGCGCCCGACGCCGUGGGGCGCCGUCCGCGGGAUAUACGCCGAGGGCCGCGGACGCCUCCCCGUGCUCCACUUCUACCGCGGCUUCGCGGUGAGCCUCCUCGGCACCGUGCCCUACCGCGGCGGCAUAUUCCUCGUGUGGGAGACGCUCCACGCCGAGGCGAAGGCCCGGGUUGAUCCGGCCACCCUCCAGCUGCACAAGACCGGUAUCGACCUCGCGAUGGGCGCGGCCGCGGGGACACUCGCGCAGGUGGUCACGUACCCGCUCGAGGUGAUCCGGCGGACGCAGCAGGCGAGCGGAAGGGGGUCCCCGGAUCGGAUGGUCGGGUUUAGGGAGACGGUGGGGAGCGUGUGGGCGGUCAAUGGCUGGCGCAGCUUCUUCACGGGCAUGGGCAUCGGCCUGUUUAAGCAGGUGCCCAUGACCGCGAUAUCGCUGGCCACGUGGCAGUUGGCGAAGAAGACACUGGAUCUCCCGAAUUGA